UCGCCCUAGCUACAACCCCCCUUUCCCUUCAUUCCCUCCGAGUCAGUCAAUCUACAACUAUAAACACAGGGCUACAUACACCAUGCCUCCCCCGAUCAUCGACUCCCACAUCCACCUCUACCCCUCCUCUGAGGUGUCUUCGCUUGCCUGGUGCACUCCCGACCACCCGCUCGCGGGGCAGCGCUCGGUUAGCGAGUUCCUCGCCGCCGCCACCACCGGUUCGUCGUCGCCGGCGGAUCCCUCUGGUGGUGGUAGUGGUGGUAGUGGUGGUGGUGGUGGUGGGGGGUCCCUGGCGGGCUUCGUGGUGGUCGAGGUGGACCGCAAGAACGACGGGUCGCGGGACUGGGCCGGGCCGCUGCAGGAGGUGGCGUGGAUGCGGCGGCUGGUGACGGGCCAGCCGCGGCCGGGCGAGGGCCACUCGGCCGAGGACGCCCGGCUGUGCCUGGGCCUGGUGCCGUGGGCGCCGGUGGCGAGCGGGCCGGCAGAGCUGGGGCAGUACCUGGAGGAGGCGGAGAAGGAGGCCGGGCCGGAGACGUGGAGGCGGGUCAAGGGGUUCCGGUACCUGCUGCAGGACAAGGAGAACGGGGUCGGGCUGGAGGAGGGGUUCAUUGAGGGCCUGAAGCUGCUGGGGAGGAAAGGGUUCGUCUUCGAGGUCGGCAUCGAUCAGCACCGGCGCGGGAGGGUGCAGCUGGAGCAGGCCGUCGAGAUGAUCGACCGGGCGCACGAGGGCGUCGAGGAAGAGGACAAGGUCGUCUUCGUCUUGAAUCACCUCUGCAAGCCUGACCUGACCAUCAUCAACCAGAACGAUCCGUCCUACGUUGCGUGGCGUACCGCCAUGUUUACACUCAGCAAGUGCCACAAAACCUACAUGAAGCUGAGCGGUUGCUUUUCGGAGCUUCCAGACAAGCUUAAGGAGCGCUCGGCCGAGGACAUAUUUGCAGCCAUCAUGCCGUGGCUGGCAGUUGUCGUCGCCGCCUUCGGCCCGAGCAGGAUCAUGUUCGGCAGCGACUGGCCGGUCUGCACGGUGGGAGUCGGCGAGGAUGCCUGGAAGAAGUGGCACAAGGUUGUCGACAUGGUGUGCGACCUGGCUGGGUUGAGUGAGAGAGACCAGGAGAUGCUCUGGAGCGGGACAGCGAAGCAAGCAUACAAGCUUGAGAUUUAGAGGAGCAUUGCCCAGAUCUGCCGCUGGGUUCCUCGACGACGAUUCAUCAUUCAACACGGGAGGAAAGAAUGUGACAGAGAGGGCACGGAGAUCACCGAAAGAAUGGGGACCUAUCCUGGUAGCAAAAGCUUGCCGACUAGCUCCCUUUGCAU